AACAGGCCGGGCUGCGCUUGGGGUUGCCAUGGAGACGAGCACUAGCCGCACCUGGCUUGGGCGCCUGGAGACCGCGCCUUCUCCGGGAGGUACCGCUCCCCGGCCCUAGCCAUGGCACAAGAGACUGAAAACUACGACCCCAUCGGAUCGAUCCUAAUCCAGGUCCAUGAAGACCUUUAUCAGUUAAAGGAGAAAUUAACAAAUUUCCCGCUUGAGGAAAAGGGAGAGACUCUAGACAUUCAGAAUCUUGAAACCGCAAUCAAAAGGACUGAAAUGGGGUUAAAAAUUCACAUCGAGAAGUAUUUAAAUGUUGUAAACCAUCAUGUGUUAACGACUCCUAUUAAUGAUGAUAGUUUAUAUUCUCCUCAUGCUUCCAAAUGGUUGCUUCCAGCUGUAAUUGAUCAGAAAUCAUUUAUUUUCCCUCUGGAAUCUCAGGGUAAACUUUGGCAACCCCAAAGACAGCACAGUACAUUUCCACAAGCCUUUCCAAGAAAAAAGCGAAAGAUAGGGUUGAAUGUAAAAAUCAUGCACGAUCCUGAAAACAUCCACCACAGAAGUGCUAUAAAUUCAACCUAUGGAAUCAGUUUGCCAUACAUUAAUCAGAGAAAAGCAUGUGUGAAGGUUCAGAAGUUAAUAAAAGGGUCUACCACAUCCAACCUCACCGUUCUCCCAGCUUCUCAUCACAGAAAUCCCUAUUUCACCCCCAUACCAGUCUUACAAACGGAAGCCAGGAAAGGAAUUUUAAGUAUGAUAGAACGAGGACUGAUUCCACCAACAGCAAGGAUUACCUUUCAGAAUCCACCCAUUGCACCUAGAGCAGCUCUUCUGCAUAAUUUUGAUGAAGCACAUAAGAUUCCGCCUGUUGCCCCUUUCGGAACACCUCAGAAACCACAGCUGAUUCCAGUGGAAGUGAAGAAGGUCUCUGCCAAGAAACAAACAUCAAAGGGGAAAGGCAAAAGGUCAAGAGGACAUCAUGAUAGGAAGGCCAUGAAAGUCACGAUACCUUCUAGAGCUGUGCAAUCACCAUGGGACUAUGACUUCUCUAUUUCUAAUGGUGUCAUAGACACGACAGCCCCGGACUUCUCAGCAUUCAAGGAACAUUUUAAUUUAUCCUGGGGAAGUAUUUUUUCUCUCUUGGAACACAUCAAGAAGUUUCUCAGGGACUAUGCAAUACCAGAAGUUAAAAUAAAAGGAAACAAUUUGGUAGCCUUCCUUCCAGAGUUUGAGCUGAAGAAUAAACUUACCAGAUAUGACUUUCUCUCACUGGUAGAGAACCCAGUUCACAUCCAAAUGAUGUUAAAUCUUCCGGGCCAAAGGUACAAGGGCCAAGAUGGAAAGUCAGAGGCUGCCAUCAAGAUCCAAGCCACAUGGAAAUGCUUCAAAGCGAGACAAAUUUUCUUCAUUUAUCGCCAGCAGAAGUGGGCUUCAGGUGUGAUUGCCAUCGCGUGGCUCUUACAUUGCCAUAAGACCCGAGUGAAGAAGAUCCUGCAGGAAUCACGUGAAAGACACCUGGAGAAUUUCCGUAUUCGAGCCAAGCAUCUGGCAGCCAACUGGAAUCGCAUCAGGACCUCCAGGAGGACUAUUAUCCAUAUCCCAUCAUUAGGAUAUUCUCAGCCUGUGCGACAAAAUAUUGCCGACCUCAACACAAAGCAGAACAUGCAGCUGGGGAGGCUGUGUGACAUCUUAGAUGCCAAUGUGAGCGUCAUCUACAUCUGCUCCCAUCAGAUGAAUGACGAGUUACUGCUAUAUUACAAUAAAAUCCUGAGUCUACAGGCAGCUGUCAAAUCGGGGAACCUUGAGGACAGAAGUGACCUGCAGGACAGGUUCAAAAUUAUCACCCCUGAAGCUAUAAACAUCUUCCCUAAGCAUCAUAUGUGCCUGGCCACUUACCUGAUGUACAGUCCCAAGGCGAUCAAAAGAAUAAAAAAUCUCAUCCAAGGAAAAGAGGCCUACAUUGUCGGCGGGUUCCUCCACAGAGAUGAUUUGGCCGUGGCGGAUAUGUUAGGCAUCCCCAUCCUGGGUCCAGAGCCUGAACUGGCUCAUCUCUACAGCAGCAAGUCUGGAAGUAAACUGGUCUUUGACAGCAUCAAUGUGCCAGUCCCUCCUGCAGUGUAUGGCAUCUAUCGUCACCAGCAGAUGAUAGAACAGCUGAGUCAGCUGGUCAUAGAUCACCUGGAAAUCCAACGCUGGCUCUUUAAAAUGGACUAUGAGUUUGGAGGAAAUGGGACUGCGUUUUGUGACAUUCCUUCCCACCUAAAGCACUACAAGUGGUUCCUAAAGGAGAGCAGCAGAUAUGGCCACGAAGACUGGAGCAAGAAAUGGGCACAAGAGCCAGCUUUGGUGAAGAUCUCCGAGGAGCUGGCGGGCAUUUUAGCACAGCACGCACAGCCAGUCAAUGAGAAACGGUUCCCGACGUGGAGGAAAUUCCUCCAAACAUUUCUCAGUCAAGGAGGCGUGGUGGAAGCGUAUCCACCUGCAGAAAGUGUCACCAACCUGACAGUCGACAUGCUGAUAGAGCCCAAUGGAGAAAUCAGAGUGUUGUCAACGGGGGACCAGAUUCAUGCAGAAGGCCCUUUCAUCAAUUCUGGUACCACCAUGCCUCAGACCUCGGUGGAUCCCCAAGUUCUCAGUUCUUUGUGCCUCAAAAUUGGAAAUGCUUGUAAAAUGAGAGAUGUGGUUGGUUACUUUUCUAUAGACCUGGUGACAUUUAUCGAUGCAAGCACCAUGGAACAGCAGGCUCGCACAUUGAGAGAGAAAAGGACAAACUGAAGGGCAUCUAUGAACCUACCUGGGGCGGAUGGAGGACAGAAGCAAUGCCCUCUGGUGAAAGAGCGGGAUGGCAGGGAAGCAGGGGACACUUCCCUCCCCAAAUAUUUGUCAUGAGAAAGAAGGACUAAAUCUGUGAUCCCUCGGGCGGUAGGAGGAUGGAACUAUGGGGACUGUUGACUUGUGAUUUCUACUUAUUCAAGUUUGGUAUGGGGAAAAUUGCAUGACAGUGAAAGGGAUCUUCAAACACAGAGCUGGUCCUGUCCCUGGGCUUACUAUCCUUCUAGGCUUUGGGGAUUACGGUCCCACCCUUCACUUGGCUGGUCCCAUGUGUCCUGCCAGCCUUUUGUCACCUAACUCCCUCUUUUUUCUCUCUUCUAACCACACUGGCCUCUCUCAGUCCCCCUUAUUCAUCAUACUACCUCCUGCCACAGGGCCUUUACAUGUGCUGCCCCUCUGCCUGAAAUGCUCUUGCCUCUUCUUUUUCACCUUGUUAAUCCCCCCUCCCAUCCGUAAUAUUUCAGCUGAAGCCACACUUUCUUAGGGAAGCCUUCCCUGACCUCCCUGACAAAGUCAAAUUCCCCUGUUUUGAGUUCUCACAUCACCAAGUACCUCUCCUUCCCAUCACGUUGCCUUAGUGACAGUUUUAAACUUAUUUAUAUGAUUAUCUGAUUACAGCUGUCUCCCUCUGUAGACUGUAAGCUCCUUGAGGAGAGAUAUAUGAUGUCUGUUUUUGCUCCCCACUCAAUUCUCAGCACUGUUUCUGCCCUGGCCCAAAGGAAGUGUUGAGUCAGUAUGUGUUGAAAGAAUGAACGAACAACAGAGGAAUUCCAGCAGGACACUAGAUGUGCGGCCAAGGUUUUUAGAGAGUGAAUUCAGGCAUCAGUUGAUGGACAAGUAAAUAUUAACCGAUGAUUCUGUGAUUUGAUCACAUUAUGACCCCUCAUUGUCUCUUCCUGUUAAUACUUGAGUAUAUGGUCAUUUGUGUUAUGAUUUUCAAUAGAACAGCAUUGGAGGAAGUGCUCAGUGAGUACACCAAAGGCUGUUUCUACAUUGGCAAGGGAAGUAUAUUAGCUCUGCGCAAACAUGUGUAUGUGGGUCAGUAUGUAAUAUAAUAGAAUAAUAUAAUAUAUACCAUAUAU